ACGAGAAGAGAUUCAAGCAUAUCGGGGCUAGAUGUUGGAGGGAAUGAGGCUGAAGGGAUGGGCGCUGUCCGCAAAAGCUCUGGCGGGGAGCAGACUCCUUCGGAGAAGAAGAGCGAGCGACRKAGGAUGGUGCGAGAGGAGGUGGCGGAAGGAACCCUCCGCAUGAAGAGGAUGAGAGGAAAACCGGAGGCGGUGAUGGGCACGGAUGGAGGUGGCGACGGAGAACGUGCCUCGAGAAAGAGGCCGACGAAGGAAGAGGGUGGGACGRCAAGUAAGAAAGUGAGGAGGCCCGGCGGUUUGACCAUYCGCGAAGGACAAGCCGCGGCUGGAGGAGAAUCGRCUGAUCCAGGCGCUGYGGCCGCGAGAGAACCUUCGGGGAAAUCGAAACGGAAAGUGGCAGYUGAAGAAGGCGAUGGCGAGAAGAAAACUCGAAGGCGGAAGACUGUUGAGGCGGCGAGCGGUGGCGAAGGGCCUGUCGGUAAGGAGUACGACGAAGCGKCAGCGUUCUGGCUCGAAUACGAGCGGAACGAUGUCGGUGAAAUCGUGGAGAAAGAGCUCCCCGUCCAACUGCUCAUMGACCCCAGGAAGGUCUGCGAGAUCCCGACUUGGGAAAGAUAUUACAACCACCGCAGUCUGAGUCGCGAAACUGUGGACRACAUCAAGGGUACGAUGCUGAGUCAGUUCCGCGAGAAAAASGGGAAGAUCUGGACGAAAAACCCUYUGGUUUUGACACCCAUCUACAAGCCGGUGACGCGUAAGCCGGAGAGAGCUGACAGGGUUCACAAAGAUGUCUUCAAGCCAGAGGACAAGGACAAGUACUACUAUUACCCUGUUAACGGACAACACACCGUGGCUGCUGUGAAGGAGUUGGAGGGUGAGCCAAUAUUCAAUUUGUGGAAGAUGCACUCAUGGCCGGCGAGAGUAGUGUGGUUCUCCGACCGAGAUUUCGCGGGGUAUAGGCAGGUCAGUCUCAACGAGAACACGAGACACAAGAUGUCUAAGCAGCGAUCGCAGAAGGCCGCGUUCUUGGACAUGCGGGAGGCAUGGGAGAAUGAAGGAAGGCCGAUGGCCAUUCAAGGGAACCCUUCCGGCAAGGAGGCCGAAAAACAAAAGUUCUUCGAUUUCCAAAAGCUGAAUUUGGGAAACAGUCCGAACGGAGCUCACUGGACGUUGGCACAAAAAGAUUCGUCGCUCGCCGACAAGGAGUAUGUCGCUGCAGUUGGCAAUGCAUUGAGGCAGUGGAUGCCGCUCGUGACGGCCGGUGAUGACGUUUUCCGCGAAACCAUGGAAUUCUACGCGAAAUGGGCGGAGGGGAAGUUGUUGGGCGGCGACGGCAAGAUGCCAUUGUCGAGGCCGGGCAAAUACAUGCCAGUCAAAUCUCCGGGUGUGCAAGAAAUUCCGGAAAUGGGCUCGAAAGGGGCGGCUGGUGAAAUGAAGAUGGGGUGGCUGGUCCGGGUCCCGCCGCCUCCGACCAAAAAGAAAACGCAAGCGGACGACAAGUUUUUCGUGGUCGUGAAGGAGCCAGACAUGUUCUGUUGGCAGUGUCUCGCCGAUAUGACCGCUGCCAAGAAACUGUCGAUCCUUGAUGACAUUCUCGCGCUAAGGGGAGUGCUCGUGCAAUCCGCGGGCGGCCAUCUGAAGCGUCAGCACAAACCAGGAAUUAAAGACAUGAUCGCGACGAGGAAAGUGGACCGUGUGCUGCUCCGUAUGUUCCACUACAUCUUGUUCCUUGAAACGAAGGAGGACGAACGUGUUUGGCGCCACGGGAGCCCUUUUUUUCGGACCGAGGGGAAGCUUCUGGAGGAGUACGGGCCGCAGGGCCUUACGAAACAGGUGUGGGUUGAAAUGCGAAAGCAUUUCCAGGGCGCGGUGGAGUACGUGAACACUUGCAAAGGUACUCUUCCGGACGAGAAGGAGUCCCUCGACGACGCGAAGAAAUUGUACGAUGAUGACAGUUUCUUGAAAGGCAUGACCAGGCUUAGCGUCCAUCACAUCAGGACAGGGAAGUGGGCGCAUGCGUCAGUCGUGUGGGAACUCUUGCGCACCGGUCGGAACGUCGUCGCGUUGGAAAAGGAGGCGAAAAUGAUCGAUUACCUUCACGAGUUCGUGAAGGCACGCGUUGCAGACACUCGCAAUGCUUGCGAGUUUGCCCGCACCAUCGGCGAACGAAACUGGGAUCCCAAACGUGACAUGAAUUGGAAAUUGUCGAGGAACAAAAGGACGGACGUUUGGGACUUCUUUUUCGGACCCGGACCGCCUGGUCCGACCGACCUCGAAUACAGUCGACGGAGAAACCUGGUGUUCGCUGUGCUCAAUGGGUACCACGGUGCACCCAGGGAGUCUGUCUCGCACUUCCUGAGAAGACUGGAGCACGUUUACUUCAAGCUGGCCGAACCGCUUACUCUCGAAAACUACAAGUCACAGUUUGACGAGGAGGACCCUUUCAAUGCUGACGACAUGGAGGAGCUGAGCGACUCCGAAACCUUCGAUUUCGAGUCCAUGCCACUUCCUCGGGUGGUUGGACAGGCAAGAACUGCUCUGGUGGAGCAUUUGAGUCUCAUGAACCCYGAGAGKAACGAKCAGGACGUCGAUGMGUAUGCAGAACAAAAGCUAYAUGAGUUGUACGCCAACAACAUGUUGGAGUUUCGAGCGCCUUUCUACGCACUCGAAACGGCACCGUCUCGUGGCAUUGACUGGUGCAUGCCGCAACCUCCGCCGACCGGUCAGCAUCCGGGUGGGGGUGGUGGAGGAGACGAAGGAGACGGCGGAGGUGGCGGAGGAGACGACUCACAGUUUGCCGGAAAAGGGACGGGCGAGACAUCGUCGGUUGAGAAGGCGUCCGGCAGAAAGGGGUCGGACGGAAAGGGGUCGGGCGGGAAGGGGUCGGGCGGGAAGGGGUCGGGUGGAAAUCGUAGAACGUCCGGGAGUCCCCAGAAUAUGGAAACUGACCCCCACUGCGUAGGGAGUCGAGAUUCCGACAUGCGAGACGAGGCCACCCUGACGUCUGAUCAAACUCGAGACUGGCGGUCUCGCGACGUGCUGGAGGGGCCCGCUCCAGGAGUGUUGAAGACCGGGGGUAGCGAGAACGAACGUCACACUACUGGGGAAGACGAACGCUCUCCGGGAACGAGUGUUGUACAUCGGAAAGAGGAGACUCAACGCUGGCAGUCUCGCAAAGUGUUGGAGACCGGGGGUAGCGAAUGUGAACGUCAUGCUUCGGAAGGUGCGUUCGUGGACUCUGAUAGCGGGAGUGCAGGAGCUCCGGGGGAAACGCAUGCUGUACAGCGGGGAGAGGAGACUCGACACGGGCCGGCUCGUGAAGACGUGAAGUGGCUCCACGCGCGAGCGCUGGUGAUCGGGACGUCCGAAGAGGUUCUGCAUAGUCGCUCGGUUGUGGCCACGACGCGAGAGGGUGUCGUUAAGGGAGGUAAGUGGACGUCCGAGAUGCAAAACAUCGAAUCCUCCGUGGAAGGCGGUGAGGUGGCCGUCAGCAUCAGGAUGGAUCCAGAGCGGAAAGAUCAUGAUUGUCCAUCCACCCGUUGCGGUGCCGAACAGGGUGAUCGAGCAUCUGUCCUCAGUACCAUUCGGGAAAUGGUGCUUCAUGAACCCAUCGACUUGCCAAGCGACUCAGUUGCCACUGAGCUGGUUAGCGACACAGCCGUGGCCGAGGUCAAGAACCUCGAAUCGUCCGUGGACGUUGGCGAAGUGGCGCAACAGGAGGGCGAGUUUCCUCAAAGGGCUCCCGAGCACGGUGUGAGGUUGUUAAUGUCCCUGCCCAUAAAGCCUUUAAAAGCCAUGCGCGAGAAACGUCUUUCAGGGAGGUCAUUGGCCACUUCACCGAAGAAGUCGUCAAGUGUAGGGUUGUUUAAAAGGGUCCAGAUGCCUUGCCUUUCCCAGAGAGCUGUCAGGGUUCUGAAGGAUUGUGGAAUAGACAAGGAGGAAGGUCUGCGGAAACAUUUGGCUGCGUCUAUUGAAAGCGUUACUGCUUUGUCCGACGGGUCUGAUGACGAUGGCAAACGGGGUGUCUUGAAAGACCCGUGUCCUAAGUACAUCGCGAAGGACACAUUCAAYAAGCGGGGAUACAACUUUUCUGGGAAAAGGGCAGACAAUUCUUAGCCAUUCCACCACGGGGUUUGUGCUCACUCCUCACACUUGUUCGUGGGUGUUUGUGUAGCUGGGGCUACAUCAUGUUUUCGCGU